AUGAAUCAAUCUAACCUUCGGAUUGAUGUUAUAUCUGAUCGUCGACAAAGAGCCAUAGUAAAUUCGAGAGUAUUUCCCAAACUUUCAGGCCCUCAAUUCUUUAAAGCUCUUUGUAAUUUAGUUUAUAACGACUCAUUUCUAAAUAUAGAUGAAAAAAUUUAUUUGAUAGAUGACCUAUCAAAAAUAAGCGAUAUACAAAAUGUAUCGGAAAAUAUUGGUGAAAAAAGACUAUGUAAAUAUUGUAAUAAUAAAGUUAUUGCUAUUCUUUAUUGUGAAUGCUGUAUCCGUAAUUAUUUAAAAAACCAGUUCAACAAAUGGUCUUCAGGCAAUAGUAAGGCUGACAAAUUGAUCCAAUCAUAUCAACUUAGUGCUAUAUCUCCAUCACAAAUAUUCGAAUAUAUUCCUUAUGAAAAUUUUACAAAUAUUAAAUUCAUAGCUAAAGGUGGAUUUUCUAAAAUAUAUUCAGCAAUAUGGGAAAAUGGGCCAUUUACAGAGUGGAAUAUCGAACAACAGGAAUUAAAAAGAGGUGUAUUUUCAACAUGGGAUAGUUGA